AAUGAAUUGUAUUUAAAUACGGAAUUAAUACCCGUGGAAGAAUUUUUCUCCUCUCAAACUCGCACCUGGACAAGUUGGGUGGUUUCAAAAUUAUUAUCUCCCAUCUCCCUGGGAAUACAAAUGAUUACUGGAUCAAAUAAUUAUAAUUAUCCGACCAAGUGGAUAGUGGUAGAAGCACUAAAAGAAGCGUCAGACCGAGUUCUUCAGCACCAAGAAAAAUAUGCUAUCCAUGGAAUUACCGAUAAUCUUUUUACUAUGAAAACCUUCAAAGCGGAAUUUUCAUCUGUGGCGAUUCCUAACUCUGAAUUGUCCGACUUAGACUUAAAACAAAAAGUCAUGGCCAAAUAUUGUUUGCGGCAGAAAAAGCAUCUCGAACAAGUCGUGUCUAAGAGACUGGAAUCGCUAGAAACAGUCGAAGGAAUCCUAUCAAAGAUCCAAGGGGCUGCAAGUGAUACGGAAAUAAUUGAAGUAUAUAAUGUUGGUGCAAAUACUUUGAAGAAUAUUUUCGAGUCGUCCGGACUUACCGCAGAUUCAGUAGAAGCAACGAUGGAUAAAUUACAGGAGGUUUUUGCAGAUCAACGAGAAAUUGAUGAUGCCAUGAAAUUAGGAGAUUCCUUACUUGACAUGACAAUUGGGCAAGAAGAAGAGUUAGAUAAAGAGCUAGAAGAACUACUGAUGGACGAAGAUGUGAUUAAGGAGUUUCAAGGGAAAUUACAUUUGGAGCCUUUGGCAACAAAAGAACCGGAUGAAGUUUUAUUUUCAACAGCAGAGCAAGAGAAAUUACUUAUACAAAGCGACGAAGAAGAACCUUAUAGAGAAAGAACGGCAAUUCCUUUAUGA